AUGGACGACAACAUGGAUUUCGCGCCGAGUGAUCAAGCCCACCGCCUGCAUACAGCAUCAACUGCAGGAUACGGUCUGCAUCAGCAUCACGCGGAUCAGUGGCUACACUCGCCGGUUCUGGGAUCAAUGUAUCAGAACCAAUACACUCCAUUAUCAUUCCCACCUUCAUCGUACCAGCCCGCGGAAUGUCAUCCUCAGCAGCACCAAAACUUCCAUCAACACCAAACCAACAUAAUGUUUAUGGAACAAGAUCACUCGCAUCAAGCUCCAGUAGUGAUUUCGUCAGGAUUCAAUGGGCAAUUUAUCGAUCCACCAUCAUGUUCGCAGCCUGUGAUCCAAGCAUCACCACAAUCGUCAACAGCCCAGUUUCCUCUCGAUCGAGAACAGUACCUCGAUCAGCAGUUCCUGCAGAUACAAGAAGCCAGAAUGAAGUCGUUUGAAUGUUUUCAACAGUUGCUGCAGCUCCAGUACCAGGCCUCUAUGGAGCAAAUGCGACAAUUCAACGAGUUCUUUUUCGGCACCAAUUCUAUUUCGGCACCAAUGGUCUCUGUACAGCAAACGUUCGGUCAGCAGCAACCCGUCCCGACCGUCGCACUCUCCCAACCAACAACAUUUCAAACAGUGAACGAACAGCAACAGCAGCAGUCAAUGGACCAACUGAUCAUUCCCAUUCCGACGGUCUGCGAUGGAAAUCAUCAUCAGCAGCAGCAGACAGAACAAUCAAGAAUUUCUAUUGCCGUACCUACACCGCACGACGGCAGUAAUGAAAACAAUUUUGAACACACUCAGCAGAACCAGCCGGCAGUGGUGUUCAUCGUAUGA